AAGAAAUUAACAAACCCCCAGAACAACUUUUAAUUUUAGUUUGUUCCACAAGGAUCAUUAUUUGGGUGAUGGACUCUUCAGAUGGUGCUGUUGCUGUCGACGAUGGUGCUGGUGAUGAAAAUAGCAAUGUUGAGGAAAUAUCUACUUCUGCUGUUUUGGCAUUGCUCCAAUCCUACAAAGAAGCAUUAGUGAGUAGUAAUGAAGCUAAGGUAGCUGAGUUUGAGUCCUUUCUACAAUCCAUCGAAGAUGAGAAAGUUGACCUUGAAAAGAAAGUGGUUUCUUUGUCUGAAGAAUUAGCUACAGAGAAGGACCGAAUUCUUAGGAUCAGUGCAGAUUUUGACAAUUUUCGUAAGAGGACAGAGAGAGAGCGCCUUUCACUGGUAAAAAAUGCUCAAGGAGAAGUUUUAGAAAACUUGUUGUCUGUUUUAGACAAUUUUGAGAGAGCUAAAGACCAAAUUAAGGUGGCAACUGAGGGAGAGGAGAAGAUUAAUAACAGCUAUCAAAGCAUCUAUAAACAGUUCAUGGAGAUUUUGGGCUCCCAUGGUGUUGUACCUGUGGAAACAGUUGGACAACCGUUUGAUCCAAUGCUGCAUGAAGCAAUUAUGCGAGAAGAUUCCACAGAUUACGAAGAAGGCACCAUCCUUCAAGAAUUCCGCAAGGGGUUCAAGCUUGGUGAGAGGCUUUUGCGUCCAGCAAUGGUGAAAGUAUCAGCUGGUCCAGGGCCUGCAAAGCCGGCAGAAGUAGAACUAUCUGAAGGAGGAGCAAAUACCAGUGAAGCUACUCAGGAUAGUGAAACAACCAACAGCAGUGAAAAGAGCAAUGUGGACGAAGAGUCUUCUUGAAGCCAAGUUGUCAAACCUAUAUUCAAUUUUGGAGAUGGAACAGACGAUAUAAUGUAUCCAUAACCAUCUGGUGAAACUUUCGUGUUCUAGUUUUUUUGGUGAGUAUCAUUAUAUUAGGAGAUAUACAUUGUUGUUAAACUUAUUUCUUUUUGGAUGAACUCACAUUGAGAUAAGAAAAAUGAUCACAUUCAUCAUUGGAGCAAACUCUCCAUUCGGAUGCUUGCUAUUGAAUAAUUGCAUUCCCUCUGA